CAAUUCAGAGAGUUCAUCAAACAAAUCAAGUUCUUUGCAAGAAACAGCAGCUUUGAGAUGAAAUCAGUCAAUUUCAUGUUCGCUCUCUCUCUCUGUAUCUCUAUUGGUAAGUUUCUGAUUGGCCAAUCUUUACUCAGUUUAAUUCACAUGAACGUGGCUUUUCCAACACAAAACGCUUGCCAAGCACAAAAACAAAGGCGUACCGAGGUAGUCAUAUAGAUAAUUAGUGAGGCAAUGUUUAAAUGAUACUAAUCACUACCACGAGGCAAGUCCUUGAAGGAUCUACGUACCAUUUUAAAUUACGGAAGGACUUUCUAUCCCUGAAUAUUCCCGGGGUUGUAAUUUGUCACAGUGCGUAACAACAAAUAGAACUACUAUAUAGAACUGCAGGUCGUUACAGAGACUGAAAGUCCAUCAAAUCAAAAGCGAAGGCGCGCCGUGAGCGAGCGUCCGCAAUUUGUAUUGACCUCUACUUUAUGUUUCUUUUAAAACUUCAAUUAGAUUCUGCAUUAAGUGAAGAGGUUCUUUAUUUCGUUUUAAUUUCUUGUCCCCAACAAAACUCGAGUUUUUUGCGAUAUGUCAUGCAUGCUAUAAACACUGACUGAUCAAUGUCAAAUCUGGAAUCAAGAAUAUCCGCUGGCACAACUGUGAGCAUUAUUUUAACAAAAAAAAAACAUGCUCGUCAUCUGAGAAGUUUCGGCUGAGAGGAAAGUUCCCUAACGUAGUUUCCACUUCAAUUUUAUUUGACUGUUGAAGGCUACUUGUUGAAACAAUUUUUUCAAUGCUGAAUCAAAACCGUAAUUUUUGAGUGACAAUAUUGAACCCUGAACGUUCUAUUAAAUAUGCUGGGUUUAAGAUUAGAGCUUUCGCCGAUCAACAGAAUUAUCAGAAAUACCUUUUUUUUUUUACCUAGGAUGAUGCCCUUGAACGCCGAAAGAAAGGUUUUUUGAAAAAAACUUUUGUUGUAAAAGUAGUGUAUGGCCACAUUAUUUAUUUCAAUAUUGUCUUUCCCAAAAUACCACUGAAAGACAACAUGCUAAGAUUUUUUCAUUUUCACACAAGCGUAAGAUUGGUGUGAAGAGCAGAAGGUACUUGACAAUUUCGAAAAAAAGACGCAGCGGUUUUAAAUUUUGAAAUUUGUCAUCUCCUGUUUGACUUAACAUGGUAAAUUAUAAAAAAAAAACUUGAACUUGAUUUCUGAUAUUCAGUAUUAGUAAUAAAGCGAUGAAUUUUUGGCGGCCUCAGUCCCAGCGUGAUUCGACUGUGGCCACUAGCAAAUGAAAAGCAUUCGAAUUUGUUCUGAUCACUUGAUAUUACUGAGUUCGUUUAAACAGAUUUCAAGUUUGAUAAGAAGGGCAGAUAAAUUUCUCAAAUUGUUUCUCGCUUUGAAUACGCCGAGACCAAAUAUCACACUCAUUGUGGCCUUUGCCCAACGCCUAACUAAAUUGAAAGUAACUAAAUUUUCAAUUCUGCAGUGAUUGACUAAGUAUUUAAGACUAGGAGGAAACUGUUUUCCAUGUUGUAACGAGCACAGGACAAAGACAAAUUUUUUAUUCCUCUUGGGUACUAGAACUUUUUCUAUGUACGAUCACUGCAAUACAGAAAAAAUAUUUUCUCUGUUUCUUUACUAAGCUAAAAAAUACCACAUUCCUUAUUCUCUUUAAACUUAUUAAGUCGUAUUGGUGGGGUUAGCGACAUAUUUUCAAAUCGCAGAAAUAAUUUAUGCGAAAGUUUUCCAACGUAGUUGUCAUAUAAACGCAUGUUGUGCACGAAAUUGCAUAGUCGCUUUUGGGUAGUCAUUAAUUAAGUUCAAAUUAGUUCAAUUGUCAUUAAGUAAAUGAGCUUAUUCUUAAUGGACAAGCUAUCUGGCGCUUGUUUUUCCUGUUUACUAUUUAACUUAAAGAACUUUUUGUUCGUUCAUUUGUUUGUUUUUUGCAUAACUUUUUUUCUACUGUAGUUAUGUGAAAUCAUAUUUACGAACUGCGGUUAAGAAAUGAGCAUUAAAGCAAUCUUCGCAGGACUGCUUAAGUAGUGUUCAUUACUGUAAAGAUCGCUUUCAUAUUCAUAACUCUUUUUUUCAAAUAGCUGAUCGACUUAAUGAUUGGUUGAUUGAUUGAUGGUUUGUCUCUUCCAUUUGAAAGGAUAUGCUCACAAAUGCUAUCAGUGCUAUAGCACUAAGAGUUGGGAACACUGUGCGACCAAAGAAGUGACUUGCCCGGGGGAAGAAGAUCACUGUGUAAAAGUUAAAAUAGACAAAAACGACACCCAGCAUUUCUCCAAAGGUUGCAGUGCGAAAUCUAAAUGCAAAGCACAUGAAUCCUGCAAGUCAUCUGAUCCUCCAGUCGAAUGCAAGCUCCACUGCUGCAGUGGCGAUUUGUGCAAUGUAGCCACUGUCCCAAUGGUCAGCGCCAUCAUGCUAUUGGUAUGCGCUCUCGUGGCUUUUAUUCGUGAAGUCUCCGUUUGUUGA